UUUCAGUCGUAGGUAGUAAAUAGGAAUUGGAGGUCAAAGAGACGGCCUUUGCUCUGUCGUCCGCCUUGGCAAAGUGUUCUUAGUUAGAUUGUUUUCUAGUUGUUUUCUGAAACUCGAUCUGUUGAGAAAUGGCGGUGAAGUCAUCGAAAGCUGACAAGAAGAUUGCUUAUGAUAAGAAGCUGUGCGAGCUUCUGGAUCAAUACACUCAGAUUUUAGUCGCGGCUGCGGACAACGUGGGUUCGAAUCAGCUGCAGAAUAUCAGAAAAGGCUUGCGUGGUGACUCGGUCGUUCUCAUGGGAAAGAAUACCAUGAUGAAGCGUACCAUCAGGAUUCAUUCUGAACGAACCGGGAACACGGCGUUUCUUAAUCUUAUCCCGCUUCUUGUGGGGAACGUUGGCCUCAUAUUUACAAAGGGCGACCUGAAGGAGGUGAGCGAGGAGGUUGGCAAGUACAAGGUUGGAGCUCCUGCUCGUGUUGGGCUUGUCGCUCCCAUUGAUGUGGUUGUCCCACCUGGGAAUACAGGACUGGAUCCUUCUCAAACUUCUUUCUUUCAGGUUCUCAAUAUCCCUACGAAAAUCAACAAGGGAACAGUUGAAAUUAUUACACCUGUUGAACUCAUAAAAAAGGGGGAUAAAGUUGGGUCUUCUGAGGCUGCAUUACUUUCAAAGUUAGGCAUUAGGCCCUUCUCGUAUGGCCUUAUUAUACAGUCCGUUUAUGAUAACGGCAGUGUCUUCAGCCCAGAAGUACUCGAUCUCACUGAAGAUGAUCUGGUAGAGAAAUUUGCAGCUGGUGUAUCUAUGGCCACCGCACUAGCCCUAGCAGUAUCUUACCCAAUGUUGGCAGCGGCUCCUCACAUGUUUGUCAAUGCUUACAAGAAUGUCCUAGCUGUUGCGGUUGCAACAGAUUACUCCUUCCCACAGGCUGAGAAGGUUAAGGAGUAUUUGAAGGAUCCAUCUAAGUUUGCUGUUACAGCUGCUCCAGUUGUGGCUGCCGAGUCUGCUGCUCCUGCAUCUGCCAAGGAAGAAGAAAAGAAAGAGGAACCUGCAGAAGAGUCUGACGAGGACAUGGGUUUCAGUCUAUUUGAUUAGGUAAUUUAUACGUAGAGCUCAGGUUACAAAGUUAUUUUGCGGUGAAUGGGUUACUAUUUUCUUUGUUCUUCAGAAAGUUUGAGAACGAGUCUAUUUGAUUUGAUAAAUAAUUUUAAUAUUUUUUCUGGAAAUGUGAGAACGACCUGGAUUUUUAGCCAAACAUUAUCAUAAUAAUAUAUACGCUACUCUGGAAGUGCAAUAUGUACAAAGCUUGCAUGGGCCUAUGGGGUGUGAACUUUGAAGAUCAUUUGGUUGAUUCAGAAGGGAAAGUGCAGAGACUGUCGUUUCAAAGAUUAA